AUGGUGGCUAGAAGAGAACGCUUCUCUCACGAACAAAUUAUUGAACAAGUUUCUGCGGAAAGUGUGGAAAUCGAGGAAGAUGAAGGCUUAGAGGCUAGUUUCACAGAUGUGUUGGAGAGGUCGAUAACUGAAUUUAACGUUCUACGGCCUUCCAUUUCGAAUUUUUCGGAUUUCAAGGAGGCAGCCCAUCAGUUGCUAACGAAUGUCUACCCACGGCACGAAGAUGGAGUCCAUGGUAUGGAUAAGGCUCUAAUGUCUUCCAUCCCAGCUUGGACCAUGAUCACAUCAGAAGUUCUGAUGUGGCUAAAUAGGAUAAGAAGGCGAAUGUCCACAAACCUAAGGGCUUCAAAUCCCUGGACCAUAGAGGUAAAGCGUGACCUCCCUCAAGAGAUGUUUGAAAUUAUA